AUGGCAGUGGGAGAGAUCUUUCUUGCGGCAUUCCUUCAGGUGCUGCUGGACAGGUUAACGCCUCGGGAGUUCCCAGGCUACUUUGGAAGCUUGGGAGGAGUUCGCAAAAAGCUGCAGAAAUGGAGAGGAACACUGUCCGCAAUUGCAGCGGUUCUUUCAGAUGCGGAGGAGAAGCAGCUGACGAACAUGGCAGUGGAUCUGUGGCUGAAUGACCUCAGACACUUGGCUUAUGAUAUCGACGAUCUACUCAACACCUUUUCUAAUGAGAUGUUGGAACGCAAGCAGCUCAAGGUUAACCAAACUGGCACAAGCAAGGUACGAGGCUUCUUUACCAAAGUUCCUCAUAAAGUCAAGUUCAAUUUCAAUAUGAACUCCCAGAUAGACGACAUUGCUAACCGCUUGCAAGACAUAUUUGACCGGAAAGAGAAACUCGGUUUGAAAUAUAUUGAGCAUACCUCUACUUCAACAUCCUCAUCGCAAAGGACACCAAGUUCGUAUGUGUUGGAUGGACCUGUGGUUGGGAGAGAUGAAGACGCACGAAAUAUUGUGGAAUUGUUGUCCAGAGAUGCUGAUCCUUCUUCUUCCACAAAUUAUAAAGUUGUUGCCAUUGUUGGUAUGGGAGGAGUCGGCAAGACAACGAUUGUGGCACAAGUCUUCAAUGAUGUAGCUGCGGUGGAACAGUUUGAUCUCAAGAUCUGGGUUUCAGUAUCCGAUAACUUUGAUCUUCAAACGGUGACGAGAACUAUUUUUAAGGAAGUCACAUCUCGGCCAUGUGAUGUGGAUGAGUUCAGUCGACUUCAAGAUAAUCUGAGCAAGGAGAUCGAUGGUAAAAGGUUUUUGAUUGUUUUAGAUGAUAUCUGGAGCACAUGUGAUUAUGAUUCAUGGAAAAAAUUGCAAGCUCCCUUUCGUAGGGGAGCUAAGGGAAGCAAGGUAAUGGUGAUAACACGUGAGGAAAAAGUUGCUGCAUUGAUGGGAGCCCCAGCCGCUGAAGUUUAUUAUUUAAAGACUCUAUCAGAUGAAGGUUGUUUACAAGUAUUUGAGCAGCAUGUUAGCAAUGACAGGCCACCAAAUUUCGAGUUGCUUGAGAAGAAAAUUGUUACGAACUGCAAUGGAUUGCCAUUGGCUGCAAAAACUCUUGGUGGUGUUUUACGUUGUAAAGAAACUGACCAGUGGGAGGAAAUACUGAAUGAAAAAUUAUGGAGUACAUCAGAUGGGAGUAAAAUACUCCCAGUACUGAGAUUGAGUUAUCAUUAUCUCCCUUCAACUUUGAAGAGGUGCUUUGCCUAUUGCUCAAUACUUCCAAAUGACUAUGAAUUUGGGAAAACCCAAUUUAUCCUUCUGUGGAUGGCAGAGGGUCUCCUUGAGCAACAAGAAGGGACUAAAGCAAUGGAAGAUAUCGAUGAAGAAUAUUUUGCGGAGCUACUGUCUCGGUCAUUAUUUCAAAACUCGGGCAGAAACAGUUCAUGCUAUGUAAUGCAUGACCUUGUUGGUGAUUUGGCACGAUGGGCUGCUGGAGACACAUUUUGCAGAUUGGAGGAUAAACCGCAUGGUAGAUGUUCCGCAAAGACUCGUAAUCUGACUUACAUUUCUGGUAAGUUCGAUGGGGUAAAAAGAUUUGGGACAUUUUCUGAAGCAAAACGGUUGCGAACUUUCCUACCACUUUCAGUUUCCAAUGGUUAUGAGAAUUAUCUAACUCGUUAUGCUACUUUUGAUUUAUUGCCACAAUUGAAGUACUUGCGGGUGCUCUCCUUCAAUGGCUAUAAACUGACCGAGCUGCCAGAUUCCGUAGGUAAGUUGAGACAUCUACGGUACCUUGAUCUUUCUCACACAUUAAUAAAGAGUUUGCCUGAGUCAACAUGCAUGCUUUACAACUUACAGACGUUAAUUCUAGAGAAUUGUUCAAAAUUGAAGACACUACCUUCAAACAUGAGCAAUUUAUCUAAUUUACGUCAUCUCAAUAAUUCAAACACGCCUUCAUUGGAAGAAAUGCCUCCCCAAGUAAGUCGGUUGACUCAUCUGCGAACUUUGCCUAAUUUUGUGGUGGGGAAAUGUAGUGCAUCAGGGAUUGGAGAGAUACAGUCAUUGCAUCUUUGUGGGACCUUGAGGAUUGGAAAAUUGGAAAAUGUGAUUGAUGUUGGGGAUGCGAAGAGGGCCCAAAUAAUGAACAAGGAAGGGCUAACUACCUUGCAAUUGGAAUGGAGUGGCACAAGUAAGAAGGAGUCGCAGUUUAGAACCUCAUAA